AUGGCAGAAGCUUUUGCUGUAGUCGGCCUUGUUGCUGCCAUCAUUCAAUUCGCCGAGUUCAGCUCAAAGAUUGUCGAGAGGCUCCAAGAUUUCCAUUCGAGUGUGGACGAGGUCCCGAAAGCCUUCCGCGACAUUAAGGUAGAGCUGCCUUUGUUGCUCGACACACUCAAACGGACACAAGCACAAGCAGAAUCUGGGGAUAUUAGCAGGGAGACCCAAGAGGCACUCUUACCGGUCGUCAAGGGAUGCCGUUCUCAAGUAGAUCUGCUUGACAGCACACUCGUCAAGGCGCUUCCUAAGCCAGGAGACUCUUCAUGGCGACGAGGCAUGAGGGCGUUCUCGAGUGUAGGCAAAGAGAAGAAGGUUGAGCAAAUCACUUCGAAAUUGCACAAAUACGUACAAACCCUCACAUAUCAUCAAGUGACCGGUCCAGCAAAGCUAGUUAUACGGCCAUCAAAGCCGUGCUUUAUAAUGCCUUUCGACAGAGAUCAGAGCUUCGUUGGACGUGGGGACAUAUUGGAGGAGAUACAGAGCAGGUUCAACAAUCAGCGUCGAGUAGCUCUUGCUGGCAUCGGGGGUGUGGGGAAAUCCCAGAUAGCUAUUGAAUACUGCUAUAAAUGGCACGAACGACACCCUCAAGGGCAUGUUAUCUGGAUGCAUGCCAGUACCCAGGCCAGACUGGAUCAAGCAUACAGGGGCGUUGCGAGAAAGCUACAUUUAGCUGAUUGUGACAAUCCAGAGACUAAUAUAUUUGAAAUGGUAUUUGAAUGGUUAUGCGAUGAGGAUCAUGGACCAUGGCUACUCGUGGUAGAUAACGCCGAUGAUAUAGAGACGUUUUUCGGUCCUACAUCUGACACGUCACAAGUAAGAGGUAAAUCGGCAAUACCCCUUGCUAAGUUUCUCCCGCGAAGUCCGGAUGGCUCUAUGAUAAUCACGACAAGGGACAAGAGGAUUGGUGACAGAUUGGCAGAUAGAGCGAAGACAAUUAUGGUUUUGCCUAUGGUAAACCGAGAAGCGGAUAAUCUAUUGCGUUUGACCGUCCCAAUCCAGAGUGGUUCAGAAGAAAGCGAAUCAAAGGAGCUUCUGGAUGCCCUAGGAUAUCUACCACUUGCUAUCACUCAAGCUGCAGCUUUUAUCAAUGAGAAUACUAUGACGGUGGUAGAAUACCUAGAAGCCUUUUAUUCUAGUAAUUCGGAGUUGCAAGAGCUUUUGAGUCAAGAUUUAGGAGAUCCUAGAAGAGAUUUGGAUACACAAAACUCUAUUACAAGAACAUGGAAGUUAUCUUUUGAUCAGAUAAGCCGACAAAAGCCAAGAGCUGCAGAGCUUCUCUCUCUUAUGUCUGUUCUGGAUCGGCAAGGUAUCCCAAAGACACUUCUUCAGAAUGAUAAUGAACAAGGGAUCGAAUUCACUACUGCUCUUGGAACAUUGCAAGCCUUCUCAUUGAUCGGCAUUGAGAAGGGAGGAACAAAGUAUGAAAUGCAUCGACUCGUGCAAUUAUCAACACAAAACUGGUUGGAGUUGCAAGGUACAAAAGCGAAAUGGCAGGCUAAAGCACUAGGCCUAUUAGCAGGAAGAUUUCCGAGUGGUGAAUACGAGACAUGGAAUGAAUGUGAAGUUCUUCUUCCACAUGCAGAGGCGGUCGUCGGUUAUACGUCUACGACAGGUUCUCAUUUACUGCAAUAUGCAGAGCUUUUGCAAAAGUUGGCCAGAUACGACACCGAGCAAGGUCGGUAUAACAUAUCUCACAGCAGGCUCACGAAGUCAUUGACCGUUCGUGAAGCAGUGUUAGGGGAGGAGCACACGGACACACUAGUGAGCAUGAACGAUCUGGCGGUUGUGCUCAACUACCAGGGCAAGUACGGCGAGGCCGAGGCGAUGCACCGCCGGGCGCUGGAGCUAAGGCAGACGGGGCUUGGGGAGGAGCACCAGGACACGCUAAUAAGUAUAAACAAUCUAGCGGUUGUACUCGUAUGCCAGAGGCAAGUACGACGAGGCCGAGGUGAUAUACCGCCGGGCGCUAGAGCUAUGGGAGGCGGAGCUCGGGGAGGAGCACCCGUCUACAUUAACAAGUAUGGACAACCUAGCAGCUAUACUCGUAACCCGGAGCAAGUACGACGAGGCCGAGGUGAUAAACCGCCGGGCGCUAGAGCUAUGGAAGGCGGAGCUCGGGGAGGAGCACCCGUCUACAUUAACAAGUAUGGACAACCCAGCAGCUAUACUCGUAACCCGGAGCAAGUACGACGAGGCCGAGGUGAUAUACCGCCGGGUACUAGAGCUAAGGCAGAUGGUGCUCAAGGAGGAGCACCCGGACAUAGUAGCGAGUAUAAAUAA